CGAACAUUUUGUAAGGACCCUUUACACAAGGUAAUGUUUGACCCCUGCUGAGCCAGGGGCGAGGGCCUCUGAGAGAAUAAUUAACUUAAUGUGACUCUGGUUUGUGGAUGCGUUUACUCUCAUGUAAGUCAACAACAUCCUGGGAUUGGGACACACGUUCUGGGCACUGCUGGCCAGUCCCAAAAUGGGACAUAAGGAAGUGAUUCUUCUACUUCUUUUAUUUCUGAAAUCAGGUCAAGGAGAGCCUCUGGAGGACUAUGUGAACACCCAGGGGGCUUCGCUGUUCAGUUUCACUAAGAAAAAGCUGGAGGCAGGAAGCGUAAAGGAAUGUGCGGCAAAAUGUGAGGAAGAGAGAGAAUUCACCUGCAGGUCAUUUCAAUAUCACAGUAAAGAGCAACAAUGUGUGAUAAUGGCUGAAAACAGCAAGUCUUCCACAAUCAUUAGGCUGAGAGAUGUCGUUUUAUUUGAAAAGAAAAUGUAUCUUUCAGAGUGCAAGACUGGGAAUGGAAGGAACUACAGAGGGACAACGUCCAAAACAAAAAACGGCGUCACCUGUCAAAAAUGGAGUUCUACUUUUCCCCACAAACCUAAAUACUCACCUGAUACACACCCCUCAGAGGGACUGGAGGAGAACUACUGCAGGAACCCAGACAACGAUGAGAAGGGGCCCUGGUGCUACACCACUGAUUCAGAACAGAGAUACGACUACUGCGACAUUCCCGAGUGUGAAGAUGAAUGUAUGCAUUGCAGUGGAGAAAAUUAUGAUGGAAAAAUUUCCAAGACCAUGUCUGGACUGGAAUGCCAGGCCUGGGACUCUCAGACCCCACAUGCCCAUGGAUACAUUCCCUCCAAAUUUCCAAGCAAGAACUUGAAGAAAAAUUACUGUCGUAACCCGGAUGGGGAGCCCCGGCCUUGGUGUUUCACCACCAACCCCAACAAACGCUGGGAACUCUGCGACAUCCCCCGCUGCACAACACCUCCACCAUUGUCUGGUCCUACCUACCAAUGUCUGAAGGGAACAGGUGAAAACUAUCGUGGGAAUGUGGCUGUUACCGUGUCGGGACACACCUGUCAGCGCUGGAGUGCACAGACCCCUCACAAGCACAACAAGACACCAGAAAACUUUCCCUGCAAAAAUUUGGAUGAAAACUACUGCCGCAACCCCGAUGGAGAAAAGGCCCCAUGGUGCUAUACAACGAACAGCCAAGAGCGGUGGGAGUACUGUAACAUACCGUCCUGUGAGUCCUCCCCAGUGUCUACAGAACAGCUGGAUGCCUCAGCGCCACCUGAGCUAACACCUGUGGUCCAGGAUUGCUACCAUGGUGAUGGGCAGAAUUACCGAGGCACAUCCUCCACCACUGUCACAGGAAAGAAGUGUCAAUCUUGGUCAUCUAUGACACCGCACCGGCAUCAGAAGACCCCAGAAAACUACCCAAAUGCUAACCUGACAAUGAACUACUGCAGGAAUCCAGAUGCUGAUAAAAGCCCUUGGUGUUUUACCACAGACCCCACGGUCAGGUGGGAGUAUUGCAACCUGAAAAAAUGCUCAGACACAGAAGGGAGUGUCGUGGCACCUCCGUCUGUCGCCCAAGUUCCAAAUGUAGAGACUCCUUCCGAACCAGGGUCUGCCAUGUGGAAGGAAGCCUCAGUGCACUCACUCUCUCGGAGAGUCAGAGAGUGUAUACUUGGGAAUGGGAAAGGAUACCGGGGCAAGAAGGCGACCACUGUUACUGGAACUCCAUGCCAAGAAUGGGCUGCCCAGGAGCCCCAUAAACACAGCAUUUUCACUCCAGAAACAAAUCCACGGGCAGGUCUGGAAAAAAACUACUGCCGUAACCCUGAUGGUGAUGUCGGUGGUCCCUGGUGCUACACAACAAAUCCAAGAAAAUUAUUCGACUAUUGUGAUAUUCCUCAGUGUGUGUCCGCUUCGUUUGAUUGUGGGAAGCCUCAGGUGGAGCCCAAGAAAUGUCCUGGAAGGAUUGUAGGGGGGUGUGUGGCCCACCCACAUUCCUGGCCCUGGCAAGUCAGUCUUCGAACAAGGUUUGGAACACACUUCUGUGGAGGCACCUUGAUAUCCCCAGAGUGGGUGUUGACUGCUGCCCACUGCUUGGAGAGGUCCUCAAGGCCUUCCUCCUACAAGGUCAUCCUGGGUGCACACCGAGAAGUGAAUCUUGAAUCUCAUGUUCAGGAAAUAGAAGUGUCUAAGAUGUUCUCGGGGCCCAAACCAGCAGAUAUUGCCUUGCUGAAGCUAAGCAGUCCUGCCAUCAUCACUGACAAAGUAAUCCCAGCCUGUCUGCCAUCCCCAAAUUAUGUGGUCGCCGACCGGACCGAAUGUUUCAUCACUGGCUGGGGAGAUACCAAAGGUACCUUUGGGGUUGGCGUUCUCAAGGAAGCCCAGCUCCCCGUGAUUGAGAAUAAAGUGUGCAAUCGCUACGAGCUUCUGAAUGGAAGAGUCAAAUCCACCGAGCUCUGUGCUGGGCAUCUGGCAGGAGGCACUGACAGUUGCCAGGGUGACAGUGGAGGGCCUCUGGUUUGCUUCGAGAAGGACAAAUACAUUUUACAAGGAGUCACUUCUUGGGGUCUUGGCUGUGCACGCCCCAAUAAGCCUGGCGUCUAUGUUCGUGUUUCAAGGUAUGUUACUUGGAUUGAAGGAGUGAUGAGAAAUAAUUAACUGGACGGGAGACAGAGUGAAGCAUCGACUCACCUAGAGGCUGGAACGUGGGCAGGGAUUCAGCAUGCUGGAAAUAACUGACAGUAACCAAAUGAAGACACUGUCCCCAGCUACCAGCUACGCCAGACCUCAGCACUUUUUGUAUCAUUGUCUGACUGCUGGUUUCUGUAAUAAGAUGACAUAGCUAUGACAUUUGCUAAAAAUAAACUCUGUACUUAACGUUGA